AUGGCGGGUGUCAAUCACGGGUCGCUCUCCAUGUCCCAAGCCGAUGGCUUGCAGGGUCGCAAAAGGAACGGCACCAUUGCGGGGAUGGACAGCUCCCCGGGGAGUAUUGAGGAUGCGGAGGAUAAUGACCGAGAUGACAAGAGAAGGCAGCCAGUAAAGCGAGCCUGCAACGAAUGUCGACAGCAAAAGCUUCGAUGCGAUGUUAGCCAAGAUCCUUGGAGCGAUUGUUCUAGGUGCCGUCGGUUGAGACUCGACUGCAAAAUCGAAUCCAGUUUCAAACGAGUCGGAAAACGCAGUCGCAAUGCCGAGAUGGAGCGAGAGAUCAUCGAAUUGAGGAAACAAAUUGCCGGCAGUAACUCUAGCGGAGUGAUUCAUCCAAAACAACCGAUCCAAGCGGGUCAGUUGACGCCGAAGCAGGAAUCCAACCAGGUCAGCCCCGCGGGUGUCUACCAGAUCCAAACCCCUUCCGCCAUUUCCACAGACCAAUACAUGGGCUCCCAGGAAGCGGUAGCGUCACUGUUGGACCUGCGCUCCGGAUACGAUGGUGCCAACUAUCUGAGAAAUGGGAACCAGCAAUUCAAGCGAAUUGAGGACGUGAUGGUCAUACCGGAGAAAGUCACGGAACUCUUCAAUUUGUUCUUCACAUACUACCAUCCGUUUCUGCCAUUCUUGGACCGACAACAGACGCCUGACGAAUAUUACAAUGCAUGUCCUUUGUUAUUCUGGACCAUGAUCAGCGUUGGUGCCAGGCGCUAUCAGGGUGAUUCGGGCUUGUUGAAUGCCCUCUCGGGUCCAGUGACGCGGCUCGUAUGGAGUACCUUGGCCGAUAUCCCACAAAGCUAUCAUGUUGUCAAAGCGCUUGCUCUGCUGUGCUCAUGGCCGUUUCCCACCAGUAGCACCUCGACAGACCCAACCUUUAUGCUUUGCGGAAUGAUGGUUCAGGUUGCUAUGCAACUUGGUCUCCAUCGCCCAUCUCACAGCCAGGAUUUCAGUAAGUUCCGUGUGGAGCUUAUCGAAGAGGAAUUGAAAGACAAAGUGCGGACUUGGGCUAUCUGUAACAUUGUAGCGCAACGGGUUUCUACUGGUUAUGGACAGCCUCCGUCUACACUCUACGACUGGACAUUGUCAUCUAGCGAUUCAUUGGAUCCGAACUUCAAGUUGUCUGGUGAAAUGAAGUCUAGAUUGGAGAUUGAGAAAUUCUGCGACAGAAUUACUCGAGCUCUAUACACCAAUCGACGAGACCCAGUUGGUUUGACUAGUGAUCAAGAACGCAAUACGAUGAUCUCCUUCCUUUCGCGCGAUUUUGACGAGCUUGACGAGCAGUUCAAACCACAGAACGAUUGUAAGAUCGCAAAAUUCGGUGCUUUUUAUGAAACCAUACUAAUAUUUGUUUUUGCAGGUAUUACCGAUCUAUAUCUCCGUGCUGCAAAUCUCCACCUGCACUUGUCGGCUUUCUUUGACGAUCCCUCCGCAAAAGACUAUCGUGAACGUCUGCUUGCCUUGUACGUUGCCACCACUUCAUUCCUCGAGGUCACCAUGAACCUCGAGACGGAAGUCGGUCCCGUCCUCUCAUAUACUCCUUACUACGUCUACCAGAUGAUGGUUGCAGCGGGCUGUACCCUUCUUAAAAUGAGCAAAAGCUUUUUUGCAGCUCACAUCGACAUGGAAUAUACCAAGAAUCUGUUUAACAGGACUAUUUGGGCCAUCCGUGGCGUGUCUGCCUCGAGCAAUGAUCUUCCCGAACGCCUAGCUGAAGUCCUUGCACAGAUGUGGCGAUUGGGAGCUCAGCAGUCAGUAACAAGCAAUUCCAGCGUCGAUGAUUCUCUAAGGCUUAAAGUCCGGUGCCGUAUGAGCAUGUCUCUCCUCUUCGAUUCCGUGUGGCGAUGGAGAGAGGACGCGCGAACCAAAGGCCGCAACAUUGAGGCUUAUCUCAAGAAUCCGACCAAUCCGGACUCUGCAGCCGACUCAUCUGCCGCUUCAUCUGUGGGUCCUCCCCGCACUUCAUCGUCUACGCCUGGUCUUGCUGGCAGUGAUCCAAGUCUUGCACCAGCCCCAAUCCUCUCCCAAGCCGCUAUUGGAGUCCAACCAAACAACGGAGUUGGAGCGCUCCCAAGUGGCUUCAUGGAGCCCAACUACGAAGUCUUUGAUCCUCUAAACUGGCUUCUUGACGGUCUCGUAGAUCUGCCUUACUCAUAUUCGACCAUGGGCGGGAUGGAGACCUCGGGCAUUGCAUAG